AGAAACAGCAUUAAAUUCAAUUGGGUUUCUGAAAAUUUUCUUCCGUUUUCUUGAUAAGGGAAAAAUUUUACCCCUUGACCUUUCAAAUGCGUGGAUUGUGAACUACCAAACACACAUUUUGGAGAAGAAAGAGAGGAAAGAAGAAGAGAAACUGCUCAAAAUUUCGUGUAGUGGGUUGAGAAAAUCUUCUCUCUCCCCCCCCCCCCCCCGCCUCUCUCUCUCUCCCGAGAAACCACUAUUUUCAAAAGCUCAAGAACUCAGAAGUUGGAAAUUCCGAUGAUGCUGUUUUCUCUCUCUGUGAAUCAGAAGAGACAAAGCCCAUAUUGUUGAUGCCACUUAAAGCUUUCCUCUUUCUCAGUGCCAAGAGUUUUGUUCCUCCAUAUCACGACAUGUAUAUGCAUGAGUAUUUUAUUCUUUUUUAAUUCUUUUUGAAAAGCAAACAAGAAGAGUUGUUUACUUUUUAACUUUAUUUAAGAUUCUGGGUUCCAGAUCUCGGUGUAGGUACAGUUUAAUGCUAUAAAAUGGAUGGUCGAUGAGAUUCAUUACCUUUGGGACAGAAAUUUGGACGCGGAUUGAUUCAAGAUGGUCAAUAUGCAGCUUUGAUGAACCAAAAGACUUGACUAGUAUUUCUUGCAAUAAUCGAUAAUGGAGGUUAAAGAGGCAGAGCGGAUAGUUAUUGCCAAACCAGUUCCUUCAAGGCCUACUUGUUCCACCUUCAAAUCAUUCUCGGAGCUCCUUGCUGGUGCCAUAAAUUCCUCUCCCUCUCCCCCUCCCUCUAAUGUAUGUUCUCAAACUGCAAUUACUGCCAUUAGACCAAAAACUGUGAGAUUCAAGCCAACAGGGAAUCAUGCUCCAUUUGGGCUGGUUUCUUCCCAGGCCAAUAUGCCGGGGGCUGCCGCUUGUUGUUCAUCUGAUAAGGUGGAUAGGGCCUCGAAUUCAGACAACAAAUCUACUGUAGUAUACAAGCCCUUAGCAAAGGUUGCAUCGAGGACGAUGUUUUCUCUGUUGGCGAAUCAGGGGAACUCCAACAUUAGUCAUCAACAAGCUCCAGGUCAGGUGGAAGUCUGUGUUCAACCGCCAACCAAAUAUGAAUAUCAUUUUGGAUCUGCCCUUGAUUCAAAUCUUCAUCAGAAUAUUCCAUUGCAAACAGAAAGGGAGAAGAUGACUGAGUCAUCCCAGAUAGCAUCACAGAGUAUGGAAGACGAUCAAAGGUUUUUGCGGCCCACUAGUAAUGGGGAUCGACCCUCUUAUGAUGGGUAUAACUGGAGGAAGUACGGGCAAAAGCAGGUUAAAGGAAGUGAGUACCCAAGAAGUUAUUACAAGUGCACGCACCCGAAUUGCCCCGUGAAAAAGAAGGUUGAGAGGUCGUUGGAUGGCCAGAUAGCAGAAAUUGUCUACAAAGGGGAGCACAACCAUUUGAAGCCUCAGCCUCCUAAGCGCAAUGCAUCAGAUGGACAAGAGCAAGGAUUUGUAUCUGAUGGGACCGUACAAGAGACAAACAACCGAUCAUGGAGUAACCUACUCAAUGAGAAGAAUGAUGAUUUUGAAGGUAGAACGGAAAACCAGGAUGAAGUUGGAUUGCCCGGCUUCUCAACUUAUUCAGGCAAAGCCCCGUUGUCUUAUGAUCCUGCUACUGCUGGGGCAGGCAAUACUGGUUUGAGAACUCGCCAGAAUUCUAGUGGUCUUAGAAGGGCUUGUGAGCAAGAAAGAAACCAGGGGUCGGAAGCAGAAGACAAAGAAACUCUAAGUAAAAGAAGGAAAAUUGCGAAUGAACCGGGCACAUCAGGGGAAGGAGUGCAAGAGCCACCUGAUGCCGUUCAGAGUGCAACAGAUCCCGAGACAGUAAGUGAUGGCUUUCGUUGGAGGAAAUAUGGGCAGAAAGUUGUCAAGGGAAGUCCAUAUCCCAGAAGUUACUAUAGAUGCACCAGUCUCAAGUGCAAUGUGCGCAAGCAUGUCGAAAGAGCAUCAGACGAUCCAACUACGUUUAUCACCACAUAUGAGGGGAAACACAACCAUGAUGUUCCCACCAAGAACAUGAAUCCACCUGCAUCUGAACCGGAUUCACAGGCUGCAACUUCAGAGGACAAAUGACGAUUGGUGCUGCAGAAGAAAACGAUCCCAACCGAAGAACUAUUCUGGACAAAGGGUAUUUAGAAAGAGUUCUAGAUCCCAUCUAAGACAAGGAUUUGAGUAGUUUUGACACUCUAAUAACAAAGGUUUCCUUGUAAAGACCAAACAAAAAAAAGAAAAGAAAAAAGGAGGGUAAUUGGAAUCAUUUGAUGGGUAUUUUUGUUGUCUUUACUGUCUACUGCCUAAUUGGAAUCAUUUGAUCUUUUGAUAGAGUGAAGAAUCAUAUCUAUGCA